AUGGCUCUUCACCAUGGCCGCUCUCUUAGUUUCCCAUCUUCAUCACAUCCCCCCUUUCACAUCACAUCCGGUUUGAGAUCUUCAGAAGCAACAUGUUCAUCGCUCUCAUCAUUCAACGGCAGAAUAAAUGUCCUAAGGAACUUGUAUGAGAGCAUUCAUGAUUUGCUUCUUUUGUCUCACAUUCAACAGACCGUGUCUGAGGAAUGUGUUGACGAUUUCAUCCGGCUAUUGGAUGCUUGCAGCUCAGUUAGAGAUCUAAUCUCACUUGCAAAGCAAGACAUCAGAGAUCUUCUAUCGGCUGUAAGGAGAAAGGAUGUUCAAGGCGUCAACGCCUACCUUGCUUCUAGAAAGAAGUCAAAGAAAAUGAUCCAAAAAUCUUUGAAGAACUUGAGACGUAGCGCCUCAGCCACUUCCAAGCAUGCUUCCAUGUUAAAAGAUGCAGAGUGUGUUGCCAUUUCCAUGCUCGAGUCUCUGUUAUUGUAUGCAUUGGGAGCAAAGGUGCACGAUAGCAAGAGAACCCUGCUGUCAAAGCUGAUGCACUCCAAGAAAGUAUCAGAUGUCGAGAAUGAGUUCAACAAGGUGGAAUCGUUCUUGCAACUGAACAAAGAAAACGAGCUCGUGAAUCACAUAAAAGAGAUGGAUUCAGACAUUCAAGUUGUUGAAGAGGAUCUGGAAUCAAUCUUCAGGCAGUUGGUCAAAGCCAGAGUUUCCCUUCUCAAUAUUCUCAACAACUAG